CUGAGCUUCAGGACGAUGCAGAGCCGCGUCACGCUGCUGGACGGCUCGCUGUUCACCUGCACCGUGGAGAAGCGAGCUCGUGGGUUUCAGCUGUUUAAUAAAGUCUGUGAACACGUCAACCUGCUGGAGAGAGAUUACUUCGCUCUGAGCUUCAGAGACGCUGACAACAACAAGAACUGGUUGGAUCCAUCAAAGGAGAUGAAGAAGCAGGUCCGAGGCGUUCCCUGGAACUUCUCGUUUAACGUGAAGUUUUACCCCCCCGACCCCGCCCAGCUGUCUGAGGACAUCACCAGGUACUUCCUGUGUCUCCAGCUCAGACAGGAUGUCGUUUCUGGGCGACUCCCGUGUUCCUUCGCAACUCACACCAUCCUCGGCUCCUACACCGUCCAAUCAGAGCUCGGAGACUACGACCCCGAUGAGUGCGGUUCAGAUUACGUCGCUGAAAUCGGUUUUGCUCCGACACAAACUAAAGAAAUGGAGGAAAAGAUCAUGGAGCUGCACAAAACAUUCAGAGGAAUGACUCCGGCCGAAGCAGAGAUGAACUUCCUCGACAAUGUGAAGAAACUUUCCAUGUACGGAGUCGACCUUCAUCACGCAACGGACUCGGAGGGCGUGGCCAUCAUGCUGGGCGUGUGCAGUAGCGGUCUGCUGGUCUACAGAGACCGACUGAGGAUCAACAGAUUCUCGUGGCCAAAGAUCCUGAAGAUCUCGUACAAAAGGAACAACUUCUACAUUAAGAUCCGGCCUGGGGAGUUUGACCAGUUUGAAUCAACGAUUGGUUUCAAGCUGCUGAACCACCGAUCAGCUAAACGACUCUGGAAAGUCUGCGUGGAGCAUCACUCCUUCUUCAGGCUGAUGUCUCCAGAGGAGACCCCGAAGAAGUUUCUGUCUCUGGGUUCAAAGUUUCGUUACAGCGGUCGGACUCAGAUUCAGAGUCGAAGAGCGAGCGCUCAGAUCUCCAGACCGGCGCCGAACUUCCCCCGAACCAUCAGCAAGAGGAACAUCUUGAGCCGCAGCCUGGACGGAGAUAUGGGUUCAGGGCUGUACGGAGCGUCUAAAGCUAUCGCCAUCAGUGACCUCAUCACCACGGUAACGCCUGAGAGGAUGGUGGACGAGAGGAGGGCUGAGCAAGGUAAUAAAAACAACCAAUCAGAGGAGAUGGAGGAGGUGCAGCAAGAGGAGGAGAGGAUGGAGGAAGAUAAAGAGGAGGAAAGGAUGGAGGAAGAUAAAGAGGAGACCAGAGAGACAGAAAUUUCUCAGCAGAGUCCUCCGACUCCUCAGAAACAGGACACCAAGACUGAGCUGACUGAUACCGCGGUGGACGGAGAGCUGACAGCCACCGAGUCUGAUCAGGAUGAAGACUUGAAGACUCAAGAGACGUUGGGGAGUCCAGAGGAGGACCAGAAGCCUCAGAGCUCCAUCAGCGCUCUCAGACGCUCCUUCUUAGAGGACGCAGGAGGCAGCGGAGGCAUGACGGAGUGGGACAAACGGCUCGCCUCCUCGCCACUACGACGGGUCGACGACUCGCCGAUGAUCGAACCGCUGGAACCAGACGAGCCUAAACCCACGUUUGAUGAAAUGUCUCCCGAGCUGACUGCUCUGCUGAACUCGGCCAGAGAACAACAAACCUUCAGAGAACACAAUCUGCUGAAGACGUCGGAGACGGAGACACUCUUCCUGUUGACGGAGCCGUGUGACCCCGGCCAACCUCAGGUAGCGACAGGAAGUCUCAUGUUCCCGCCGCCUGCUAACCCCCCGCCCCCCCCACCAGGGCCCUGCAUGGCUCCUGCUGAUGAUAUCAGAGCAGCGAGCGAUAGCGAUGAUGCUAGCGAUGAUGCUAGCGAUAAUGCUAGCGAUAAUGCUAGCGAUGCUAGCGAAGAUGCUAUCAGCGUGUUAGCGCAGGCGGCUGUAGAAGACGCCGUGGAGGCUGCUGUCAGACAGGCUAACGAUGCUAAUGCUAACUCUGCAGUUAGCCGCGGUGAGGCUAAUAGCUGCACCCGGAGCCGCUCUGUUCUGGGUUUCCAUGACGACCAGAGCUCCAGCGAUUCCGAGGAGGACGAGGGGGGGUGGAGCUUCGGGGAGAACUCCCCCCCUCCUUCUCUGCCCCGUCCCGCCUCCCAGUGCUCGGCCAAUCAGACGCAGCCAUCCGACCACAGCGAUGACGAGUCAGAACCUCUGCGGGAGGUAACCUUGCCCCAAACUGCCCCAAACUGCACCAAACUGCCCCAAAUCCUCCGGAGAAACUGCCCCUAA